GAGGGCCGGCGGCCCGGGGGGCUGAGGCGCCCGCCGCCUGCCGCGGACCGUGUCCUCCAUGGAGGCCGGAGAGGAACCGCUGCUGUUGGCUGAACUCAAGCCAGGGCGCCCCCACCAGUUUGAUUGGAAGUCGAGCUGUGAAACCUGGAGUGUGGCCUUCUCACCUGAUGGCUCCUGGUUCGCCUGGUCUCAAGGACACUGCAUCGUCAAGCUGAUUCCCUGGCCUCUGGAGGAGCAGUUCAUCCCUAAAGGGUUCGAAGCCAAAACUCGAAGCAGCAAAAGCGAUACAAAAGGUCGAGGGAGCCCAAAAGAGAAGACACUGGACUGUGGUCAGAUCGUUUGGGGUUUGGCCUUCAGCCCUUGGCCUUCUCCACCCAGCCGGAAACUCUGGGCGCGCCACCAUGCCCAAGUGCCAGACGUCUCUUGCCUGAUCCUUGCCACAGGGCUCAAUGAUGGGCAGAUCAAGAUCUGGGAGGUGCAGACAGGACUCCUGCUGUUGAAUCUUUCAGGCCACCAGGAUGUUGUGAGAGAUUUGAGUUUCACACCCAGUGGCAGCUUAAUUUUGGUCUCUGCAUCACGGGAUAAGACUCUUCGCAUCUGGGACCUGAAUAAACAUGGUAAACAGAUCCAGGUGUUAUCUGGCCACCUGCAGUGGGUUUACUGCUGCUCCAUCUCCCCGGACUGCAGCAUGCUGUGCUCUGCAGCUGGAGAGAAGUCGGUCUUUCUAUGGAGCAUGAGGUCCUACACCUUAAUCCGGAAGUUAGAGGGCCACCAAAGCAGUGUUGUGUCUUGUGACUUCUCCCCUGACUCUGCCCUGCUUGUCACGGCUUCUUAUGACACCAAUGUGAUUAUGUGGGACCCCUACACUGGUGAAAGGCUGAGAUCGCUUCACCACACUCAGCUCGACCCUACCAUGGAUGACAGCGAUGUCCACAUGAGCUCACUGAGAUCUGUGUGCUUCUCUCCCGAAGGCUUGUACCUUGCUACAGUGGCAGAUGACAGGCUCCUCAGAAUCUGGGCCCUGGAACUGAAGGCUCCGAUUGCAUUUGCUCCUAUGACCAAUGGUCUUUGCUGCACAUUUUUUCCACAUGGUGGAGUUAUUGCCACAGGGACAAGAGAUGGCCACGUCCAGUUCUGGACUGCCCCCAGAGUUCUGUCCUCAUUGAAGCACUUAUGCCGGAAAGCCCUUCGAAGUUUCCUGACCACCUACCAAGUCCUAGCACUGCCAAUCCCCAAGAAAAUGAAAGAGUUCCUCACGUAUAGGACUUUUUAAGCAACGCUACACAUCUUUUCUCUGUGGCAGAAUAAAUCCUCUUGGCAAAGGAAGAAAUUGGAAGAAUGAGCCAAAGAUAUGCUCGAAUUGGAACAGAAUUUCUUUGGGAUUGUGAAUAGAAUGUAGCAAGCUAGAGAGCAGUGGACUCACCGUGGGCCUUUUCCUCCAUGGCACAUGCAAGGCCAUUUCAGAGGACAUUCCUCUUGAGCUGUGACAGCCUUACCUUAAAUCUUCAGUCCACUUGUAAACGGCAGAUGUUGAACUUCUAGUUGUUCAGAUUCAGAGGCUGUUCUGAUGACAAAGCAAGCAGGCUGCCAGAGCCUCUUCAGUGGUGGCAAAGCUUGCACUCCUUCAGCUGGAGUGGCUGCCAUGUAGCGUACCUGUCACCCAUUUGGUGCAGCUGUAGCAUGAUCUAAAGCUCCCUCCUUCCUGCUGUGGUCAGGGGAGCUUCCAGGUUGGCAGGGGUUGCCCUUGAACUCCCCUCUGUAGGAUCAAAUUUCCAAGGCGCCUUUUCGUAUAAGAUGUUCAUUGAGUCACAAGUGAAACAGGUUGUGUGCUCCUGACCGAUAGACACUAUUAUUGGCUGUUUUUAUUGUUAAGCGGUGGUGUGCAUGUGCAGGUGACAAACUUGUAUGUCAGAUUAUAUGAGGAUUUACUUCUAAACUGCAUGACUGUUCAAAUGGCUACCAAGUUGUCAGUUGUUGGCCAUUUAUUAGCAUCAUAUUUAUUUGUGUUUUUCACAGAUACUGUAUUAAGGUACAACUGUGUUUUUCUCAAUGGUAGCAAAAGACCAGAAUACUUAAAUGGACCAGUUGUAAAGAUGCGUCUCAGCUGUGUGAAGAACUGCUGCUGUCGUCACUUCCGCUUGUAUUCCUACAUGUCUUUCUGUGCUGCUUGACCUCAUUGGACUCAUCAGCCAGUCUCAACUCUACACCUAAACAGAAAUAGCUUCUUAAAAGUCCUGUUCUCCUUCAGUGGCAUGUGGUUAAGACACCUCAUCCAGACAAAAAUCUGCCUUAGGAAAAUUUAAUAUAUUUUAAAUUAUUUUAAAAGAAAUGCAACAUCUUAUUCUUUGGCUUUCUUAAUGCUUUAUGGAGGCAGUGCAACAUACUACUUGUGGAGGAUAGAGGAAUGGCCUCUACCUUCUGUUGCUUGAUGAACACAUUCAAAAUGAGGCAUUCAUUGAAGGAAGAAAAAAAGCUUUUACCUUCGUUUCAUUUUUUUCCUUAAAAAAAUAAACACCUUUUGAAACAGGUAGUUCAGUGGGAGACUGGGAACAG